ACCUCCAUUUCCCACACAAAUCCGCAGUGAGGCAGGCUACUGAAAGCAUCGCAAAAUGCCGGCGGGUCACGGUUUGAGGUCGCGCACCAGAGAUUCCUUCUCCCGCGCCUUCAGGAAGAAGGGUCCUACCCAUCUCACCACCUACCUUCGGAUCUUCAAAAUCGGCGAUUAUGUCGACGUUAAGGUGAACGGAUCCAUCCACAAGGGUAUGCCUCACAAGUUUUACCAUGGCCGCACCGGUCGCGUCUGGAACGUCACCAAGCGCGCUGUCGGUGUCGAAGUCAACAAACAGGUUGGAAAUAGGAUCAUCAGGAAGAGGAUUCAUGUUCGUGUGGAGCACGUCCAACCUUCGAGGUGCCAUGAGGAGAUCCAAGAGAGAAUCAAGAAGAACGACAAAUUGAAGGCUGAGGCGAAGGCUCAGGGCAAAAUCAUCAGCACCAAGAGACAGCCAGAGGGACCCAAGCCCGGUUUCAUGGUGGAGGGUGCUACACUAGAGACCGUCACUCCCAUUCCAUACGAUGUGGUUAAUGAUCUCAAGGGUGGUUACUAAGCCUGAGUAUUUAUUUAUCUUAUGUCUUGUGAUUUUCCUUUUCUUAUAUUAUCGUAUAAGACUUGUGUGCUCUUUUUUCUUUGGCAAUCAACUCAAGACCAAUUUUGGCCUAAUGAUAUAAUUAGUUGCAUUUCUCUUAAA